CACACCCCCAGUUUCUCUCUUCACAUUUCUUAUCAGCGGCCUAUUUUAGGACCCAUCUUAUUUAUACAAACAGGAUGAACAGCCUGUGUUUUUUUCUCCUCUCCUGUCACGUUUCAUCUUCAGUGAAACACUCCCUGAAAUAUUUCAUCACUGCUUCCUCUGGGAUCUCAGACUUCCCAGAAUUUGUUGGUGCGGCUUUAGUUGAUGGGGUUUUAGUGGGCUACUGCGACAGCAGCAUCAGGAGAGCUGAACCCAAACUGGACUGGAUGCAGGAGUUAAUAAAAAAAGAUCCUCAGCACUUGGAGUGGUACACGCAGAAGUGCUCUGGGAAUCAGCAGGUCUUCAGAGCCAAUAUUAAUAGUUUGAAGAAGCGCUUAAACCAAACUGAAGGUGUUCACAUUUUUCAGAGGAUGAAUGGCUGUGAAUGGGACGAUGAGACUGAUAAAAUCACAGGCUUUAAUCAGUAUGGUUAUGAUGGGGAAGACUUCAUAGCGUUGGACCUGCAGACACUAACAUGGAUUGCUCCUAAGCCACAGGCUGUCGUCACGAAACUGCAGUGGGAUACUGAAAAACCCAGAUUAGAGCACAACAAGAACUACUACAUCAACAGGUGCCCCGACUGGCUGAAGAAGUAUGUGAAAUAUGGGAGGAGCUUUCUGCAGAGAACAGUUCUUCCCUCAGUUUCUUUCCUGCAGAGGACUCCCUCCUCUCUAGUCAGCUGCCAUGCUACAGGUUUCUACCCAGAGAGAGCCAUGAUGUUCUGGCGGAGAGGUGAAGAGGAAAUUCACGAGGGUGUGGAGCAUGGAGAGAUCCUCCCCAACCACGACGGGAGCUUCCAGAUGAGCGUUGAGCUGAAUGUUUCAUCAAUCAAGCCAGAGGACUGGAGGAGGUACGACUGUGUGUUUCAGCUCUCUGAUGUUAAGGAAGACAUCAUCACCAAACUGGACAAGACAGCGAUCCGGACAAACUGGGUUUCUCCCUCAGUGUUUCCUGUUGGUCCUGUUGUUGGAGGUGUUGGAGGAGCUUUACUCCUCCUGGCAGUCUUUGGUUUCUCCAUCUGGAGAAGAAACAACAAUGGGUUCCAGCUUACAAACACAGGGGAGCAGUGACGGUGAGAAGAACACCGAGUUUCAUCACAUUUUCCCAGAAAGGGAAAUAUUUUCAUUUGGAGAGUGCUGAUGACCCACCAGCUUUCAUUAGCUGAACAUACAGUAUACAUAGAAAGAUGCAGCUUUCAGGUUUGAAGAACAAUGCAAAUGAAAAGCGUUAAACCAGUGCAAAGUGGGAGAGUUAUCUGACUGUAUGGAGGACAGCCAAACAGCUGCUUUACAUUUUGAUCUCAGUAAACAGUUUUCUGAUGAGUUUAUAAUCUCAGUCACUAAUUUCAAGUGUUACAACAUGACGCUCGUUCAGAAACUAGGGUAUGCUUUAGGAUGGGCCUAAAUUGUGUAGUUAGCAUGAAGUGCCUCAUUUCUCUGUCCACUCCUCAAUCAGCAAUGGCCAAAAUGAUCUGUUUGAAGCUGCAAUGAUGUGACUUCACUAACAUCUGGGUGAUGAUAUUGAUAAUGAUAUUUAAAAAAAAAUUAUUUAAUAAGCAUAUUAAGUGUGUGAAAAGAGUUAAAAUCUGUUUCUGUUUUCUGUGGUUUUGGUACAUGUUCAGAGUUUUUACAAGGUCUGUUUCCUUCUAACCAGCUAUUUACUCAAUAUGAUGUAAACAUAUACGGUACUGUGCCCUGCAUAGAGAGUUGUUUAAAUAUUUUUGAACCUUUAUUUUGAUAAGACCUUAAUUAUUAUACACAGAGAUAACAUGCACAACAAAAUAAAAGAAGCAAACUUUUA